CUUUCGAUAUCACUGCUCCCAUAUUUCAGGUAAAAUGGGAUUGGUCGAUCAACUAACCGAGUCUGCCAAGGCUAAUCCCUUUUCUUCACCCAUCAGAACAGCCCAAUGCACUGCUCACGUUACUUUCGAUGAAGGCGAUGCAGUCCCAUUCGGAUCCUUGAAGUACUAUGGGUUGUGUGCACUUGGAGGUGUUCUGUCAUGUGGAACCACUCACACUGCUAUUGUCCCACUUGAUCUUGUGAAGUGUCGCAUACAGGUCAACCCGGAGAAGUACAAAGGAAUCGUCACUGGAUUCCGUACCACAGUUGCGGAGGAAGGGGGUCGUGCUCUCGUUAAAGGAUGGGCACCUACAGCGGUUGGAUAUUCCCUUCAGGGAUUGGGAAAAUUCGGUUUCUACGAAAUUUUCAAAAACGUUUACACGGAUUGGCUUGGCGAGGAGAAUGCGUAUCUUUACCGCACUUCUCUCUACUUGGCAGCUUCAGCGUCAGCUGAGUUCUUUGCUGACAUCAUGCUCGCACCUAUGGAAGCUACAAAAGUUCGUGUCCAAACUUCACCUGGAGCUCCACCAACCCUUCGCGGUUGUGCUCCCAUGAUUUACAGAACGGAAGGACUGAUGGGCUUCUACAAGGGCAUAGUGCCUCUCUGGCUGCGUCAAAUCCCAUACACAAUGAUGAAGUUCGCCUGCUUCGAACGAACGGUAGAGUUGCUGUAUAAGCAUGUUGUUCCCAAACCAAGAUCACAGUGCUCGAAGCCAGAACAGCUUGUUGUUACUUUCUGUGCUGGUUACAUUGCUGGUGUGUUCUGCGCUAUCGUUUCUCAUCCUGCUGAUACAGUAGUAUCUAAGCUGAACCAGGAUGCUGGGUCUGGAAUUGGUGGAAUAAUUAAGAAACUCGGCUUUGUUGGACUUUGGAAGGGAUUGUUCCCCCGUAUCAUCAUGAUCGGUACACUGACUGCUGCUCAAUGGUUCAUCUACGACUCCGUGAAAGUAGCGUUGCAUCUCCCUCGCCCACCUCCACCAGUCAUGCCCGAGUCACUGAGAUUGAAGCUGGAGGCUGCAAAAGCCCACGCACAAUGA